CCUAUAAAAACUAAACUGAGCCAAACCACAAGGUUGCAUAGUCAUAUGGAUGGGCUGUUUAUCACAAUUUUGUGUCUCAUCGUGAUAGCCUACCGUCUUGAGCGUGCCACGUCCUGCUCUGACGGUCAAGCUCGCGAAUUGCGCUUUCUUUCUUCCUUAUCGUUUGAAGGAAAAUACCUCGCAAACCACGUUAUAACAACGAUCAACGUACUUGACAGAGACCUGUGUGAGUUAAGAUGUUAUGUUGAGAGCAACUGCGUCAGUAUUAAUUAUGAAGUUCAGCCAAACGCAUCACGAACACACAAAUGUGAUUUGAACAACUCAACUCAUAAAGAACAUGACCAGGAUUUGGAAAGUGCACCAAGAUAUUCAUACCAUGGAACAAAUAACCAUUGCGGCCAGGCCCCUUGCAAGAACAAGGCAAUCUGCCAGUCUGGUUUCACAAGCAAAGGAUAUCGCUGUUUAUGUAAACCAGGAUUUACUGGUCCUUUAUGUGAGAACGAACCUCUACUUUCCAUCACAAUUUGUGAGGGAAACUCAGGAGCCAUAACGUGUCAAAAUGGACAGAGAAUCCAGAUCUUGGAUGCUACAUAUGGCAGAAGGAACACACAAACAUGUCCUCAUCGUGCAGACUCGAACACGAACUGUCUUUCUCCAAAUUCUCUCUCAGCCGUGUACAACUUGUGUAACAACUUAGUGUCAUGUCACCUGGCGCCUAAUAACCGUAUGUUUGGGGGAGAUCCAUGUGGAGGAACCUACAAGUAUCUUUUGGUCGAGUACCAGUGCGUGUAG